GUUGACUUUGAUAAUCUAUAUAAUUUAACACCGGAUACGGUUGAGAAUGGGCCAAUUGAACUUGAAUAUGACUUUCGCCAAAUACAACUUAAGGAGCUUCUUGAGAGAAUUGAUCAUUCUCUAAUAACUGAGAUUUGGGAGGACGAUGUUGUGGAUACAUUAGUUAUUAAUGAGCUAUUUGUUAGAGCAAAAUCAAAUGAUCAUGAAGAUUCAACGUCAAAUGCAUUAAGUAUACCCUUCUUUUCAAUAGUUGCAAAGUCGUGGAGUGCUAUGCCUAUUGAACCACCUGAACAAGCUGCUGCAAAAGUGAUUAGCCGAAAACAAUCUGCUAAAAGAACAUUGCUUGGACUUGCACGUAAAUGCAUGGAAUCAGUUGAUUAUGAUAAUCCCGAUAAUCCUGAUGAUUUGAUAAAAAUGUUUAAAGAAUGUAUUUACAAACAUGAAGAAAUACAGCAAUACGAUCAGGUUACAGAAGAUAAUCAAUUAAUAGGUGGUGGUCAAGUUGGAAAACAUGCUCAGGCGUCUUGUCUUGAA